AUGCCAAAAGCCCCAACCCAACCCGCCAAACGCGGCCGUCCCUCGAAGUCCACACAACCUUCCUCGACAACGACGAAGCGCAAGACAGCCCCGGCGCAGCAGGGCAGGAAGAAGUCGGGCCCCUUCGAGCUCUCCGACAGCGACGCCCGAGCCGAGGAAGCAGUAGAAGAAGAGGAAGAGGAGGAGGAGGAAGAAGAAGAGGCGGACGACGGCCCGGAGAACACCAUCCCGGGCGACCUGCUCACGAGGCUGCUCCACGAGUUCUUCGAGAAGGAGGAUACCAAGAUGUCGAGGGCCGCCAACGACGCCGCGGGGAAGUACAUGGAUGUGUUUGUCAGGGAGGCGAUUGCGCGGUGUGUUCACGAGAGACCUGAUGGGUUUCUUGAGGUUGAGGAUUUGGAGAAGAUUGCGCCGCAGUUGUUGAUGGAUUUCUGA